AUGGUUUCACUAGCUUCAUGGGUUUCGUCCCCAUCUUAUUCUUCUUCUCUCUUCUUCAAUCGUCGCGAGCGAUUACAUUCGGUGAAAGCCACAACCGAUGGUAGGAACCAGGUUGUUCCACCGGCGCAAAAUCAGACCCCUAACAAAGAAGUAACGGAGAGCGUGAAUCUGUUAAAAACAGCUGCGAAAACUCGUAAAGUUGCAGCAGACGAGAUUUUAUCUGCUUUUUCCGCUAUUGAAAAGGCUAAAGUUGAUCCAUCCACAUUCCUUGAAACACUUGGUGGAUCCGAGUCCCCUGGACGAACAUGGAUGCUGAUCUUCACUGCUGAGAAGAAACUGAAGAAAGGUCGUUAUUUCCCUCUAACCGCUGUCCAGAGAUUUGAUGCUGCGGGGAAAAGAAUAGAGAAUGGUGUGUAUCUUGGUCCAGUAGGAGCUUUGACAUUCGAAGGAAAGUUUUCAUGGAAGAAUCGUAUCCUAGCUUUCGUCUUCGAACAGAUUCGGAUAAAGAUUGGACCUUUAGAUCCUCUAGAGAUUGGUUUGGGGAAGAAAGACGCAGAGGAAGAGCCGAGUAACAAAGACCCUUUCUUCAUUUGGUUUUACGUCGAUGAAGAAAUAGCCGUUGCUCGUGGAAGAAGCGGCGGUACAGCUUUCUGGUGUCGUUGUCGCCGCAUUGCUUCAUGA